AUGUCCGAUUGUUAUGAUAAUGUUUCUCGCAUCAUACCAUGCAAUGACAAGAUCAUUGAGCUUUUCACUGAUGAUCACUUUCAAGAGAUUCCAGUGGAAAAGUUUGACCUAAACAAUCAAGAUGCCGAGAUAUGCCUUCGUCGAAAAAGAGUGCUCCUUGUUCUAGAUGAUGUGCGAAAUGUUCAAGACAUGGAGUCUUUUCUUUGUGGGUUUAAACGAUUUGGUCCAGGGAGCUUACUCAUCAUAACCUCAAGAGAGAGAAAGGUUCUUGAGGAAUGCCAAGUCAAUGAGAUUUAUGAGCUUAAAGGUCUAAGUAAAGAAGAUUCCAUGAAGCUAUUCACAAGGUGUCUCUUUGGGAAAGAUGUUAUAGAUGAAAAGCUUCGGAAAGCUUCAGCGAGAGCGAUUGAACGUUUUCAUGGAAACCCAUCUGCACUUCGCUUAUUUGCUGAGAAGAUAAAGAUAAAAAGAACGAGAAGAAUGGAGUUGGCUUUAGGCAGGAUUUGCCACGAUCCGUUUAUUUACACUAACAUGAACAUACUUUUUCUUUGUUUUCAGGGAACUACAAAUAGUUGUUUCCAAAAAACUUUCAAGCAGUCUUUCUUGUUUACCACGUCACAUUAUCAAACUGAUUUUGAGAAGCUCCAAAGAUUCGACCUAGCCAAUCGUUUCUUGGUGUUUACGUUUAGUGACCUAAAAGCUCCCUACUUGUAUCAUGAUUCUGUGAAACAGCGUUUCUUUUGUGCUACCUCACACAACUAUCUAUUUGAUCUUAAGGAUCUCUGGCGACUCAGCUUUCCUAGCCGUGCCCUUGAGUCACUGCCUAUUGACCUAAGGAUUCUCCAUUUGGGUAAAAAAUAUGUUCUUGUUUGUCAGCUUAACAAACCUUGGGAAGGAUAUAAGAGCUUUUCAAUCUUGAUGAUAAUCAAGCUUCACCACUCGAAGAAACUAGUUAAAGUUAAAGAAAUAUCGAAAGCACAUGACAUUAAGCGAAUCGAUCUUCAAGAUUGCACAAGCACACCAAUCACUGAUCAGCUAGAGCCUCUCAAAGUUCUAAAUCUCUCUGGUUGCAAUGAAAGCCAGACUCUCCAAACAGAAACCUUAUGUCUUCUUUGCAAUUCAGCAACCAAAACAAACUCUCAUCUCUACUUUGAUUGCACUUUCUGUCUGUCCAUUUGGACUGAAAUAAGCAAUCGAAUACAUAUCUCUCCUCUGCAGAUAUGGGAGGAUGUGAUGGUAAACUUUAAAGAAUCCAAAGCCAAGAAAAUCCUGUCUCGAAUGGUAUGGUGCUCAACUAUCUGCGGUCUCUUGGCUGAGAGAAACCGUCGUCUUUAUAGACAAAGUUACAGAUCAGUGGAUGCAAUAAUGGUUCAGAUCGACAGAAACCUCAGAAGCAUGGUUUCACGUUUGAGAAAGAAACACCCGAGAAUAGCUUCUAUAAUCCUUCAACUCUGGCAUGGAACUUCUUAA